AUGCAAGUUCAAGGCACAUUGCAGGCUCCAGUAGACGUUGGCCAACUCACAAGACCGGAUACUUGGGUUGGUUUUCAGUACAUUGACAUGCUCACCUUAUCAGGUGGUGGGACUUUUGAUGGCCAAGGAGCACUUUCUUGGAAUCAAAAUGACUGCCACAAAAACAAAAAUUGCAAACCUAUUCCCGUUAAUCUGCGGUUCGAAUCCGCACAAAUUCCAAAGUUCAGGACAUAA